AUGAGAAAUACGACAACUUUGGCGGCCGUUUUGCCUCUUGUCCUGGGCCACGGCGACGAAGGCAAUGGCGCCGCUGAAGGCCACACGGCGUCGAGCGUCUCAGUGCAGGACUUUGGCACCACCUUUACAGCUGACGGCAUCGUCCCCGAUGUCCUCGCUGCCUUCAACCCGACAGUGGCUUUCUACGCCAGCUACCACACGGCAGAUGGUCACGGCGCCGCGCUGCUCGCGCCGGGCACGGAGCUGUCCACCGCAGAGGCUGUGGCCCCGCAAGAGUUCAGCGUCGAGGGCAUCGCGAAUGCCGCCAACGUGAGCGACUCGACGCGCUUCAUCAUCGUCAUGGUCGGGCCUGACGCCCCCAGCCGCGCCAACCCCACGAACCGCAGCAUCAGACACUACCUUGCCGGCAACUUCACCGUCGGCACGACCGUCUCCUCAGUCCUCUCGACGGCGUCGACGCUCGUCAAUUCGUCUGCGCCAUUCACGAGCUACGGGCCGCCGGCACCCCCGGCUGGCACGGGCGUGCACAGGUACAUCUACCUGCUAUACGUGCAGCCCGAGGCGCUCAACGGUGCGGGAUUCGAUUCCGUGGGUCUUGUUGCCGAUGAUAGGCAGAAGUUCGAUCUGGUCCAAUUCCGCACCCAAGCCGGCCUUGGGCCGGCCAUCGGAGGAACCUACUUCACCAUUGAUGCCGCUGGCGGCAAUGGAACGGCUGAGGGCAGCGGGAACAGCCCGGUGCCCAGUUCGGGUUCAGCACCCAUGGUCUCGUUUGCGGGUGUCCUGGCGACAUUCUUCCUCAUAGUCGCGCUAUUGUAG